AUGUCAGCCUCCUCGACUCGUCGGUUCAAAGACCGGAAUGGCGUCGCCGCAGCCACAGCAACUCAAAAACCUACCAAAGCCCUAACCCCAAUCUCAAUCUCCGAUAAAAACCCUAAUUCCGCCAUACAAAAGUCACUCUCCGGCAAAGAGAACCCCACCAGGCCCAAGUCUCUGGCCCAGAAACCUACAAUCCGCCCAGUGCCACGUGUUGACAAGGCUGCUGUAGGAGAUGGCAGCGAAGGACGCAUGCGGUGGUCUACGUCAUCGGCCCCAAGAGGUAGGAGCCCGAGCCCAUCUGAAUUUAUUAGGGUUUUUAGGGAUUCUAGGGUUUCUAAAGGGGAGAGUGAGAAUCGUGUGGUGUCGACUGCAGGGAAGAAGAAUGGAAUUAGGGGUUUGAAAGAAAAUGGUGGAUCUAGUGGGGAAUUGAAGAAAAGGAAUGGACUUUCUGAAGGAAAUGAUUUGAAAAUAUUAGAUAGCAAAACGCAGUCAUGUAGGAUUAAGUUUUUGAAAGAUAACAGUAAUAAAGAAGUUAAUUUAAGAAAAUCAACUGAGUUUGAUUCAAAUUUAGAUUCAAAAGUUGCAAAUGGUGGUAAAUUUGAUAAGCUAUAUGCAGAGAAAUCUGGGUCUGAGUUUAAAUUUGAUAGCUUUAAAGAGUCUAGUGAGAAAUCCUCCAGUAAAGGUAAGAUUUUGGAGAACUUGAAAGAGAAGGGGUUGAGUGAAGAAGGAAAAGGAAGCAAGGUUGAUGUUAAAUAUCCGAGCAAGCUUCAUGAGAAGCUGGCUUUUUUAGAAGGGAAAGUGAAGAGGAUUGCAUCGGAUAUUAAAAAGACAAAGGAGAUAUUGGAUAUGAAUAACCCCGAUGCAUCCAAGGUGAUACUAUCGGAUAUUCAAGAUAAAAUAUCAGGGAUUGAGAAGGCAAUGGGAAAUGUUGCAGGUAAUGAUUCAUCAAAAAGUGGUGGGAAUGAUAGUGGAACGAUUGUGAUUGUGGAGAAAAGUGAAGGUGAGAAAGUUGAGGAUGCGAAGAGUUCAGUUAAAGGACUGAAUACUGAGGAACUUGAAGAAAGACUCUUUCCUCAUCAUAAGUUGCUUAGAAACCGAACAUCACUUAAGGCAACAAUGGCAAGUUGUCAAAGUCAUGAUCUAUCUAAUGCUGACGAGUCUGGCUGUGAGUUAAAGGUGGAAGAGAAGUUGUCAAGCCCUAUCGAAGAGAAUCCAAUAGCUCUCGAGUUUUUGGAUUCCCUUAGUAAAGAGGAUAAAAAAGUAAUCGUGAGAGAUGCAAAGGUGGGUAUUGAGUCUUUUGAGGUUCAAGAAAUGGGGGAUGGUUCAGCUUCAGGAAAGCAAGACUCUUCCAACAUGUUCAAUCUCAUGUGUGAGGAGGGCAUUGUUCUUACAACUGACGAAACAUUUGAUGAGUUUGAUGAUCAGGAAAAUAGAAAUACAAUCAUAAUUGGCGAGGAAACUGAAGAUACUUGCAUUUAUCAGGUGAAUGAAAUAGGCACCAAAAGUUCAACAGGAGGAUGGUUUGUAUCAGAGGGAGAGUCAGUUCUUCUUACUCAUGAUGAUGGGUCCUGCUCAUUUUAUGAUAUUGCUAAUUGUGAGGAGAAGGCUGUAUACAAGCCCCCACCAGGAGUCUCACCUAAUAUAUGGAGAGAUUGCUGGAUGGUUCGUGCACCUGGUGCUGAUGGCUGCUCAGGCAGAUAUGUUGUGGCUGCAUCUGCUGGGAAUACUCUUGAUUCAGGCUUUUGUUCAUGGGAUUUCUAUGCCAAAGAUGUGCGAGCUUUUCACAUUGAGGAAGGAGGAACAACUGCCUCAAGAACAGUACUUGGUCCCUUACCCAAUAAUACUGCAUCUAGGAGAGAUGCUUUGUCUAGCAUAUUGUCACCAGAAACUCGACAAUGGUGGUAUAAACCAUGUGGACCUCUUAUGAUCUCUACUGCCAGCUCUCAAAAGGUAGUCAAAAUACAUGACAUUCGAGAUGGAGAACAAAUAAUGAUAUGGGAGGUGCAGAAACCUGUGCUUGCAAUGGAUUAUUCAAGCCCUUUGCAGUGGAGAAACAGAGGAAAAGUGGUUGUGGCUGAGACAGAAACAAUUUCUGUGUGGGAUGUGAACUCUCUUAAUCCCCAAUCAUUGUUAUCUGUUUCUUUGGGUGGUCGAAAAAUCUCAGCUCUUCAUGUGAUCAACACUGAUGCUGAACUAGGUGGUGGGGUUCGGCAAAGAGCAACAUCUGCAGAAGCUGAAGGAAAUGAUGGUGUGUUUUGCACCCCUGAUUCUAUCAAUGUUUUAGACUUUCGCAAUCCAUCUGGUAUAGGUCUUAAGAUACCGAAAUUAGGUGUUAGUGUGCAAUCAGUUUUCACUCGUGGAGAUUCGAUCUACAUUGGCUGUGCCAACAUGAGGUUUGCAGGGAAAAAACAUCCUUGUUCACAGGUGCAACAUUUCUCACUGCGCAAGCAAAGGCUAGUCAACGCUUACUCUCUGCCAGAAUCCAAUGCUCACUCACAUUUCUCAGCCAUAACACAGGUUUGGGGAAACUCAAACCUUGUGAUGGGUGUUUGUGGGCUGGGGCUAUUUGCAUUUGAUGCCUUGAAGGAUGACGCACUGCAGCCUUUCACUGGCGAUGCUGACUGUACUCAAAAGGUUAAGGAUGUUAUUGGGCCAGAUGACUUAUAUUCCCCUUCUUUUGAUUACUUAUCAUCUUGUGCUCUCCUCAUAUCAAGAGAUCGUCCGGCACUUAGGAAGCAGCUAUUGUAG